UGAGCCGAAGGCAGAGGCUUCACCAUCUGAGCCGCCCAGGCGCCCCCCAUUCUUUGUUUUUGCAACACACAAAUACGUAAGAUGACGUUCAACUUGGAGGAGAGGGGUACGAACAGGCCGCAGACUCCCUCCGAGGCCUCGCACAUGGCAUCCCCUGUAGCAGGGCCUCGGGCCAGGGGUGCACGAGCCUCUGGCUGCCCCGUCUCCCUCGUCUCCCGACCCUGACCGGGUGCAGGGUCCCAGGGCCGCACAAGACCGGCUUCAGGGGCGCAGCUCUGCUGGGAUGACCGCUGCCGGCUGGAGCCCACUGGCCGGGGCGCAGGAGGCGGUGUGUCCCGUCCUCCGCGGCCUCCACGGGCUGUCGCCCCGUUCCCCACCGCAGAGCGGCUCUUUCUCCUGUGAAACGCGCGUGUGUUCUGUGGGGUCCCCCGUCCCGUUUCCCUCACCGGCGCAAGCAGCGCGGUGGCGGCCGCAGCCGGGUUCUGACUCGGGCUCCUUCCCCACGCUGAGGGGCUUCCCCGUGGGCCGGUGUGUCGCCGCGGCUGCUGGUUCUGUGUCCCUGGCGCCUGCCCCGCUCUCCCACACAGCCCCACGGCCCGGCGGGACAGCCCUGCCCCGCGCGCGCAGCCUUCUCCGGCGAGAGCAAGCAGGCGGCGGCCCCUGUGGUGCUUUCCGCUCGGCGGCCGCACGCCUGGUCCUCCCCGGACCCAGGGCCCCGCCACGCCAGGGCCUCCGUGCAGCCUUUUGCCCAGCACAUUCCAGAAGGUGGGAAGAGUCCUUUCCGGGUGCUGCAGAUUCCAGAAACAGCCACCAGGUGCCCACGGCUCAGUGUCCACAGUCGGCCUCCCCUGCUCUGCCCCGUGCUGGAACGGCCCCCAGUGCCCGUGACGUGCUUCGGUGACCCACAGCCACCCCGUGUUGCAGACGGGGUUAUGGCCAGCGGCGCCGCUCACAGACCUCCCUGCCCCAGAGGCCGCCGCGCCUGGGGC